CCACACACAACUCAGAUCGUCUCUCAUCAUUUCAUCUCAAAUACAGGAGUUCAUCUCCUUGUUAGGCAAAGCCAGGUAGCAACAUGAUCAGCUCCAAGAAGCUAGCUCAAUUGUCAAAGAAGAUGCAGGGAAUGGGUGCAGUUGGGCGAAGAAGGGUCACAGCAGCGAAAAAGGAAAUCAACCCAUCCUGCAGCAGCGUAGUUGCAGGGAAGGGCAACUGCAUCGUCUACUCUUCUGAUGGGAAGCGGUUUGAGAUCCCCCUUUCUUACCUCCACACGGCAGUCUUUGUAGAGCUCCUGAAGCUGUCGCAAGAAGAGUUUGGGUUCACAAGUGAUGGGAGGAUCACACUGCCUUGUGAUACAGCAGUGAUGGAGUAUGUGAUGUGUUUGCUAAGGAGAGAAACCUCUGAAGAUGUUGAGAAGGCGCUCCUCAGUUCCAUAGUGUUGCCUUGCCACCACACAAGCAGGAUGGUGCAACCACCCAAUGGAGUGAACCAGCAAUUUGCUGUGUGCAGCUCCUGAAGAUGAAGAUAUCCAAAGCUUGGAGCUUGUUUCCUCUCUUUUUUCCCUUCCAUCUUUUUUUCCCAGAAGUACCUUGGAGCACGGUUUUUGUGCGAUGUUUUUCCAAUGGUACACUGAGGAUGUACAGAUGGAAGCAUGUAAAGACAAUCACACUGUGAUUAGAAAAGAAGGAAUCAAGAUCGCCAUUGAGACAA